AUGGAACACCAGUUCUACUGCAUUCAUCCAGAGACAUCAAGUUCUGUAGGUGAUUGGAUAUCACGCAUGCUUUCCACAUUUCUAAAAUUUCUAGCUAGGGCAAAAACAAAAAACAAAGAAAACUGGAGGCAGAAGCGUCAUAUAAUAUACAAUAACCAGAGACCAGAAGGAAACCCGUUAGACCUUAACAAUUUGCCCGAUGAGUACUCUCGAGAUGGCAAACAAGUCCUCGAAGACCAUAGCUCUUCACCCGAGAGGGAAACGGAGACACUGAACCAGGCUCGUCAACUGGUCUUUCGUAGUGAUCAUAGCCUUGCUGCACAAGGUGCCCCUCACUUAGGAUGCUGCCAACCGAUAGGAGCCGGGGGUUAUCACCCAUCAGGAGAUCCAACGGCACCGCUAAGAUUCCCGAGGUACUUCUCAGGUUCAUCCUCAACUCACAUGCCACCACCCGCACCGACACCACCACAGCCAUACCUGUAUGCCUCACCUACAAGGCCAGUGUCCUUUGGGUCAUCACAAUUUCCUCACCAGCAUGCGGUGAGUGAUUAUUAUGUGGGUCAUGUUAUGAGUGGGAGCCAUGGACACUAUGUGGGAGGAGGAGGAGGAGGAGAGAUCACAAGUAGUUACACCUGCAUUGGUGCACCGGUGGGACAAGGUGGUGGGUUCGGUGGUGGUGGUGCUGGUAAGGACGGGUCACUGCAUAAUAAUCAAGAGGAAGGGUUGAGUUGGGGAAGGGGCUAUUCAGCAGGAGCACAGCAUCGUUUGGAUCCUCCCUCAGCGAUCAAUCGUCGGUCAGACUAG